AUGGCUCCAAGACCUCCCUAUGACCCUUUCGAACAAACAGAAGAGGCUUUCGAGGCCAGCAGAGACUAUAUUGUUGAAAUCCACCAAAUCGCCCUCCUGGAUGAGGAUGGAAGGAUGCGAUACGCUUUCAUGACUUUCGAUGAGACCGCUCGAAAUGAGGAGACAGGUGUAGUGUUGCUCAGAAAGCUCGCAACCGGCCAUCAUGGAAUUCCAUACCGAGCUACUGCUGGUAGGAGGGAGGGCGUGGAAUUUGUGAUACAGGAGGCCAGAGCCGGAGAAAGAGGACCACACCCACGCCGUUGCAAAUCAACCCCACAGCCCUCGGAUGCGACCUUGAUUGCUAGAUUUCACUCAAGCUACGAAUUACAGCUGUUCAGGAGCGUGGCCUAUUUCAGCGAAGAUGAGGGAAACUUAAUGUUGGAUGAUGCUGAAUGGGUGGAUGGAGUGAAGAAAUUGAUAAUAAGUGAGACUUCUCUGGAUCCUUAUCAGGCUCCUGACGAAUAUGAUCCAGUACUUCUUAGAUUGAAGUCGGAAUUAAUGUAG